UGUGUUUAAUAUCUGUAUUUAAUAUCUGAAUUAACUUGUGUUCAUUUCACAAUAAAAUUUCUUUAUCACAUUAAAAUGCAACUAAUCCUCAAUGGUUCAUAUAAAGAUAGACAACCCCAGUCCUUAAACCUUCAUUUAUUGCAACAUUUAACCAUCCAAGAUAACACUCAGUAAUGGCUGCAAACUUCAGAUACAAGAAAUAGGUUUUGUUUCCCAAUGCUGCCAGAUCAGACCUAAUGGGAGACUCCCCAUUUCAUUCAACUUUGUUAUAAUCUUUAGUCCCGAAGUUCUUGCACCAAAGUUGCGAGGGGAUCGGACGAACAGGAAGAUGAGGCCGUUGCUGCAAACAAGAAAGCGAAAUUGUUAAUCAGAGUAUCAUCAUAUUCUCAGUCAUCAGAACCACAGUCAUGAAAUCUGCAGAUGCGGAUUCCCAUGGCCGAUGAUCCCUAGUUAGUAACCGUCAUAAUACGACACCCAGCUCUCGUUCUUGUCGUUAUUAAAGAGACUUCUGCCACAAGUUUUGGGGGUGGGAGUUAGUUGCCCUCGUUUAUGUACACCUAACUUCCUAACUUAAACUAGAUUAGAUGAGAUAGUAGACAGCCACUCUUUACAGUCAUUAUUAAACAGACUUCUGACAUAAAUUUUGAGGUAGGAGUUAGUUGCCCUACGCCCAACUUCCUAACUUAAACUAGAUUAGAGGAGAUAGUAGAUAUAAAGUUAAUGAGAUUGGUCUAUCAGCAUUGACUUAUAGCAUAAUUUGCCUUCAAGAAGAGUGGCAAUCAAUCAAGGCCAAGCAUCUAGGAAAGGCAACAUGAGAAGAAAACAAGGAGAAGUGCCAAUAAUACAAAUUUCUGUAAGGAAGAUAACAGACCAAGAAAAGGAGAAGCAUUCCACCACCGGUCUAUCGCACCAAACAAAAGAAAGAUGUUUGAUUUCCAAGCCUAAUUCAAACUAAAGAAAAGCAGCUAUCGCAUAGCCACUGUAAGUUCAAUGGAGUAUUCCUUUUUGUAAAAGGACUAGCUUCCUGUUGCUCGACCUUUUUUCAAAAUCUCCAUGUGUGGCAUCAUUCAUUCUAAACAAUCCCUAAAUGAAGCUCCUAUCUCCCUCAUAAUUUCCCUACAACAGCUGCUUUGGAGGGUUGCAUUGAAAGCGCCCACCCUUAGUUCCCAAAUCCCUACGACGCUAUAUCAAACCAGUUUUAGAUGCCAAAACAGCAACUUUACCAGGUAGCUAGAAUAGAGUGCUGCGCAGCAAAAGGGUAAGGUAACACCAUCCCAUCAGUAAUGCCAUGGAGAACCAAAUAGACAGGAAGGACAAAUAAAAUCUAACCCCCAAGCUUAGCAAUGUGACUUAGCUCUUUCACCCAGAAAGUUUUGACAAUAUCAAAUUGCGAAAGGAGUGAUUUAGGAGACAGAAGCAUCCUAUACUCUCAGCCAUGUGAAACCUACAAUCAGCAAAUGUGAAGGGACAAAGGCAAUUUCUCCAAUCCGCAUCGUCGAUUUCAUCCGACGACUGAUCAAACCAACACUAAAGGCAAAAAUCUUGCUCGAAAUUAGGGUUCCGUCCAUGAUCCUAGACCAAGAGAUCCAAAAAGGACAUUCAACACUGCUAAACUCAUACCUCCAUCCCGUUUCCUACAAAUUCACCAACAACAGUAUCGGCUACUCCGAUGAAAGAACGAGGGACAGACCUCAAGCUCCGCAGAUUUCAUGGCGAUGGGAAUGCAGACGAGGAAGACGCCGACCAUGGCGAUGGCAGUGUUGCGGCGCCAGUGCUUUGGGCGGCAAUAAGGGCCACCGGUCAUGCUCCACACCUUCCCCCUGAAAUCGCCAUGAGCGCCUUCAGCUCCGUGCCCGUGCUCGCCUCCUCCGCCCAUCUCUCCGAUAACACGACUCAGUCAAUUUCCGCUUCGCUCACUCGAAGUAGCUCCUCCGUCUUCGAACUAGGACACGAAAACUGGAUCCCGAUGGCCGAAAUGGUUUUCCCCGUCAUCGAAAAAAAUCUUUUUAGCAAGGAGGGACACGCUUGUUUGGUUCCCGUUCUUUCCGGUCUGAGACGGGCUUCUUUUGUACAGCCCGUGCCAUAUUUUGGGCCCGAAAGGCCCAACUCGUGUGGGCUCUUGGGAAAGACUAACAGUUCCACCAUAGUACGGACAACUACUGCAUUUUGAACAACAGAAUAUAGCCCUGGAAGGAAC